ACGUUUCUACACUUCCUUAAUUAUCAGAUUAAGAUUUCAUUCUCUCUCUCUACUCUCUCUCAUAAACACACACAUCUCCGCUUACACAUGACAGUACUCGAGCCACCUUGGUGAGAUUCACCGCUUAUUUGUAGUUAAACCAGUAGCAGAAGACGAAGACGACGAAGAAGAAGACGAAUUACAUGUUUGCAUAAUCACGAAUCGCCUUUGAAAUUCACAAGAGCAGAUCUUUCACUGACGGUAAAAAAAUGGGAAAGAAAAUGGGAUGGCUUCACGCAGUGAAGAAAGCAAUGAGCUGCGGAUCAGGGCAGAGUAGUAGAAAGAAGAAUCGAAAAUCGGGGGACUGGGGGAAGGAGGUGCUAUAUUUGGAUUCGUACAAUGCAGAAAACGCAGCAGUGGUCCCUGCUUCUCAAUCUCCGGUGGGGGAGGCGAAGCUGAUGGAAGCCGAGAAUGAACAGAGCAGGCAUGCUUAUUCUGUUGCUCUUGCGACUGCUGCAGCUGCUGAGGCCGCAGUUGCUGCUGCUCAUGCUGCUGCAGAGGUUGUCCGCCUCACAGCUGCAGCCCGUGGCUCGGGUAAAACCAAGGAAGAGAUAGCUGCCAUCAAGAUUCAAGCAGCUUUUCGCGGCCAUUUGGCAAGGAGAGCAUUGAAGGCAUUGAGAGGUCACGCGAGGCUAAGAUCAUUGAUAGAAGGGCAAUCAGUGAAACGCCAAGCAACGAGCACCUUAAAAUAUAUGCAACUGCUGGGACGUAUGCAAUCUGAGGUUCGAGCAAGGAGAACCAGAAAGUCCGAGGAGAACUUGUCUAUUCAGCAUCAGAUCCAGCAAAAACACGAAAGGGAGCAGCUCGAGAAGUUGAGAGCAUCGAUUGGAGAGGAUUGGGAUGAUAGCAUGCAGUCGAAAGAGCAGAUUGAAGCCAAUCUGCAACACCGGCAAGAAGCUGCUAUAAGAAGGGAGCGUGCUCUGGCUUAUGCAUAUACGCAUCAGCAAACAUGGAGGGCCUCUUCAAACAGUGCAAACCAAACAUUCAUGGAUCCAAGCAACCCUCAUUGGGGUUGGAGUUGGUUAGAGCGAUGGAUGGCUACUCGUCCACACGAAAAUGGGAAUGCAACGAGUAAAGAACAGAACAGUGACCACAACUCUGUGAAAAGCAACGCGAGCCGUUCAGUAUCGAUCCUUGGAGACCCGAAGAUGCAGUCUCCGACGGCCCAGAAACAAAGCCGGCCUCCCAGCCGGCAGUCACCCUCAACUCCCAAAUCGAAGAUCACACCAUCUAAGUUCAGGCCAGCGAGCCCGAGGGGAACUAACGGCACAGAUGAUGACUCUAAGAGCAUUAGAAGUGCUCAAUCUGAUAGAUGUCGGAGGCACAGCAUCGCUGGCUCGUCCGUGAGGGAUGAUGAGAGCAUAACGAGCUCACAAGCCGCGACUCGUGGCUACAUGGCUUCAACGGAGUCGACAAGAGCUAAGUCGCGGAUGGCCAGCCCGCUCGGAGGAGAGAGAGGCGGGACGCCUGAGAAGGCAGCCGGUGGCUCUGCAAAGAAACGGCUGUCCUUCUCGGGCUCCCCUGCUGGCCCUAGGAGGCAUUCGGGCCCACCGAGGGUCGAUAUUAGCCCUAUGAAGGACAUCACUACGAACUCAUAGGGGUAUAGCCACGAAUUGGCUAUGGUAAGAUGGCUUUUUAACCUUUUUCUUUUUCUUUUUUCUUUUUUUUUUUAAAAAGAAAAAAGCAGAAUGAGAAGUGUGUUGGGUGGUUAUGAAACAGAUGUUUCCAUUGGAUAAAAAUGUUGGAGUGGUUUGAUGUCAAUAGUUGAAAGAAACGUGGUUUGGUUGUUUUUUAUGUAACCAAAGUCGCUGUUUUGUACUGUAUGAUUAUGAAUCAUCAUUAUGUCGUGCUGUAUUUCUUUUAUAAACAAACUAGAUUAGAUUUUGCCUGAUGUAAACAGCAUUAUAUUUUAAGUUGGGAAUAUGGAAAAAAAUAUAUUUUUAUUUA